AAAAACAAGUGAAGAAACCCCCAAGAAUCCCAUGCAACUCUCCAACUAAUUUCUUCCUUUUCUUAUGGACCUCCUUAAUGGGUCCUCUUCCACUACAAGUUAUCAACAAGAAGUUGAGCCCGGAAGCCUUUUAGAAGAAUGUUGGUUCUUUGAAAACUUGCUAACUUGUAGUAAACCAAAGAUGUCAAGGUGCAAUUCUGAUCCCUGUCCUUCCACAAAUUUUAAUGCCAGGCCUACUGAUCAAGAACAGUCCUUGAUCAGUAUUGCAAAUGCUUCUUCCACAGCAUUGAUUGAAAAUGAAAAUACUAAGGUUGUAGCUCCUAAGUUGGUAAGAGCACCAUCUCUGCCUAGCUUCAUGGCUGUGAAAACAGUGCAAGUGGCUCAACAAAUUGGAAAGCAUGAUUCUGCAGAGAUCAGGUUUAGGCCACAGGCAGUGGUACCUCCUCCGCGGAAUACUUUGCUUAGAGCUACAUCUCUGUCACCACCUUGUGUUGGAAGAUCAGAGGAUGAUGAAGAAGAAGAAGAUCAAGAGAGUGAGUUCAGAUUGGGUAGAUUGAUUAGGCAAGCUUCUCUCAAAUCCUCAGACACCUUCUUGCCUCCAAGACAAACACCAAAGAGCUCUAGCAUCGCAAGGCGUCCCAGAAAGAAAAUAGUGGUGGAUGGAAACAAGGAGAUGGGAAAUCAAAACCAAAUCAAACUAUCAAAUAAAGGAAAACUACCUAGUGAAAUCCAGAAGAAAGAAGUGGAAAGGCUCAAGGCCUUGAGUUCACAAUUCGAAAAACAGAGUUUGGAAAAUGAAGUUCCAAGAAAUAAAGUUGCAGGGCUGCAAGAGAAAAGUCAGGGUGAUCAACUGGAGGACAAAAAAUUCAGGAGGCCAUAUGCCAUGUCUGAUCCAUCAGCAAGGCCUCUGAUGCGUUCAACCACAUCAAUUCCGAAAUGGGCUGCUGCAGCUGCAGAAAAUGACAAGAGGUCAUCACAGGAUAUGAAGGCACAGCUCAAGUUCUGGGCUCGAGCUGUGGCUUCCAAUGCGCGUGCCCCUGGAGUUCUAUAACUAAUUAACCAUAACCCAAAAUUCAAUAUAUGUUCCUAUCAAUAUUCAAGAAACCAAGAAUAAAAUGGGGGAGCUAGCUACUAAUUAAUCUUCUGCACUUGUUUAAUUAAUAUCUGUCAUAUUCCAUUUACGUUUAUAAUCUGUAUUUAAGUUUUGUUGUAUCGUGUGCUUCUGUAGAGGAUUAACUCAUAACAACCUUGUUAAUUAACAUGUUGAUCUUCAUUCUUCA